AGAAGAAGAGAAAAUAAUUAUAUAUUAAAAAUAAAAUAAACAAAUUCGAAGUAAAGCAACUUCUCUCUCAGGGCUUGGAGGCUCUGUAUUCAUCUCCGAUGGACUGUGCUUGCAGCAAUUUCAGAAGCUCGUCUUUGCUUCUUCUCGGGCGAUCCCCAUCUCUUCAUCCACACUCUUCGUUCCCUUCCAAGCUCAGAUUCUUGACACUGAAGCGUUUGAACCUGUCUAAGCAUACCCGGGUGGUAAGGAGUGCUUGUGGGUUCAACGAAAACGGCUCUGUUAAUGGGUUUUCCGUCACACCCAACAAGCUUUUCAUGCAAGAGGCAAUUGGAGCUGAAUAUGGAGAAGGUUUUGAGACUUUUAGACCAGAUGGGCCUCUCAAGGUUGAUGUGGAUUUUUUGAACGACAGACUCCAAGAAGGUUUUCUUCAACGUAUACGAUAUGCCAUGAAACCUGAUGAAGCGUAUGGUCUUAUUUUCUCUUUUGACAAUGUUGUGGCUGAUACUCGAACAUUGAAAUUAAAUUCUUGGAAGCAACUUGCCUCAGAAGAGGGAAAGGAAAUUCCUGAAGAUGCAGAUGUGCAAGGACGAAUGCUUUAUGCAGGUGCUGAUCAUGUGUUGCAUAAGCUUUUACUCUGGGAUGAAGCAGAAGGAGAACUAGAUAGAUUGGCAUUAAGGUUUUCACAGCUAUAUUAUGAUAAUCUUCUCAGGCUUAGUAAACCUGUGGAGGGGCUCAAGGAAUGGCUAGAUGCUGUAUCCACAGCUCGUAUCCCUUGUGCUGUAGUUUCAAGUCUUGAUCGGAUAAACAUGACAGAAGCCCUAGAACGAAUGGAACUCAAGAAGUAUUUCCAGGCAAUUGUGACAGAGGAAGAUGGAAUGGAUUCAAUAGCUCAUAGGUUUCUUUCUGCAGCUAUGAAGCUGGACCGAAAACCAUCGAAGUGUGUAGUGUUUGAGGAUGAGCCUAGAGGUAUAACUGCUGCCCACAACUGUACAAUGAUGGCAGUGGCAUUGAUCGGCGCCCACCCUGCGUAUGACCUGGUGCAGGCGGAUCUUGCAGUUGCUAGUUUUAAUGAACUUUCAGUGAUCAAUCUCCGAAGACUAUUUGCUAACAAGGGUUCUACAUUCAUGGACUUGCAAAAGCAGGUUAUAGAAAAAUCUCCACCAAAGAGGAAGCUAACAAUAGAUACUAUUUUCUGAAUUCUUUUUUCUCUUCUUCAAAUUCUCUCCCCCAUCUUGUAAUCUAGCAGCCGAUCAUCUGCUUUUUCCUUUCUUUUUUCUUGGUUUGUACCUGAUCUCAUUUUUUUUUCUUCUUUUUUUCGUCUUUGAUAUACAAAGUUAUUAUAGUGAAAAGCUCA